CCGAGCCUCCAGGGGGCGCUCUAGGGCCCGGCGGCGGAAGGAAGGGGCUUUCCGCCACACGCCCAUGGAGGCCGGCGGCUCGGGCCGCCUGAGCGCGGCGGAGCUGCUGGCGGCCCGCGGCCGCAAAGCCCCUCAGCGUCCCCGCGGGCAGAAGGACUUCAUCCCCGACGGCUCGGCCGAGCAGGCGGAGAAGCUGCGGCUGUGCCGGGAGGAGCAGUGGCAGCUGCUCUCCGAGGAGCGGGUGGAGCGGCUGGGGAAUCUGGUGAAAGCUGAGUGGAAGCCAGGACAGAGCAUCGUAGAGCUGCAGUCCCCUGCGGGGAAGUUCUGGCACACCAUGGGGUUCACACAGCGUGGCAAACAGUGCCUGCUGCCUGAGGAAGCUCUGUACCUGCUGGAGUGUGGCUCUGUUCAGCUCUUUUACAGGGAUUUGCCCUUGUCAAUCCAGGAAGCCUACGAGAUCCUGCUGUCCCAGGAGGCAAUGAGCCUACCACAUUACCAGGUGUUCAGCCACUUGAAGCAACUGGGUUAUGUUGUACUGAGAUUCGACCCCAGCACUGUCCUGUCUCCCUACGAGAGGCAACUGAACCUGCAAAGUCACUGCAAGAGCUCUGGGAAACAGCAUCGCAAAAGGAGGAGGAGUUCCAGCCCCCGGUCACAUGAGAAGAAACAUAAGGUAUCCGAGGACCUUCCAGAGACUGAAGGGACCUCUGAAAAAGCUGGAGAUGACCGUGGAGACUCUGGCUGCCUUCCCAUGGAUGAAAAACCCUUGUCAGAGCAGCCAAAGGAAUUGGAUCCUGGCAGUGGAGAAGGGGAGUCAAACCCAGUUCCUCUUGAUACAGGACAAAAGGACUCCCUGAGCCCGUCCAGGAGCUGGGCUGGAGACCACAAGGAGAGCAGCACUGGCACCCGUGCACCCCGCUGGGAUUUUACCACCAUUGUCUUGCCAAACAUGGCCCCAGACCAGCCAUGCACACAUCUGCCCUCACCUGACAACAGGCUCCUGCCGGAGAACGUGCCGGGGAGGGAGGUUGAUGCAGCCUGCUGGUGCGCACGCAUCAAUCAGAAACAGGAGAAGCUGUCACGGAAGGAAAGGGAGCAGCGAGAGAGGGAGAGCAGGUACAAGAGCAGUGUCAAUGCUGACCGGGAGGUGAGGCGCUGCUCCAACUGGCAGGAGUACAAAGCCCUUUUGGAGCAGAGGAGCCGGCAGAGGGUUUGGAGACGACCGCCGCAUCUCUGGGACCAAGCUGUCACACCGCUUUUGCGGCCAGAGGAAGCUACCUCGUCAGCUGCGCUCCUCCAGCAGAUCAGCGUGCUGCAGCCCUCCCACAUCCUGGAUGGAGCCGCCCGGCUGCAGGAGGACCCAGAGAGCAUGAAGAUAGACUUCGAUGUGUAUCAAGCAGAUGCUGUGGCCAAGUUCAAGAAGACAAACCCUGGGAAGCCGUUUGUCAGGAUGUGUGUUCGGAGCUUUGAUGAGCACAUUCCAUCCCUUCGGGCUCUGAAGCAGGUUACGUAUCAGAGUGGGGAUGUCCCAGUGGUCUUUGCGCUGGUGGAUCACGGAGAAAUUGCUUUUUAUUCGCUAAAGGAAUUCAAGCUGCCGGUUGAUGUUAAUCACUGAGGUUGCUGUCACUUGUGGAAAUGGUGUGGGACGAAGGGAAGAGCUUUACUCUGGCUUUGUUUUCUUGACUAAUGAAAUAUUACAGAAAAUAGAGCCUGUGAUAACUGGAACCUUGGGUAGUUGACCGCUUUAUUUGGUGUUACAGACUUCACCCAACCAGAUGGCUCAGGUCUAAUAGUAAAAUUUACAGCAAACAAAUGUGUAUGGCUUAGCCAGGUGACUCCGGACUGGAACACGCACUGCUUUGCCCUUGAAGCCGCUGGUUCUCCAGCUUUCUCAUCUCGUGGACCACUAGUCUGCCUUUUCCGUGCCAUCUUUGGCUGACCCAUGGACCAUUAGAAAACACUUUGGUGAUUCUUUUGUCACACAUUAAGAAGCAGUGUGCUGUACCAGGCAAAUGGUUGGAGAGUCCUUGAGGUCGUCAGGGAUGGAAUAAGCUGAUCAGAUCAGUGGUGGUGUCCUGAUCCUCUGUCCUCCAGCCACGGCAACAACCGUCAGGUCAGAUUGUGAUCUCAAAAAGGUGCAGCCAUAAAAAGGCACAGUCAUAAAACUCGCCCACCCGGGGUAAAGUUUCCAGGCACUUGAGAGCAGGAAACUGUGCCUUGAACGCUAUUUCAUCAGCAGGUGGUCACGGAAAGCCGCUGUGCGUUGCAGGUGGCGCCCCAGUCUCACGCCAUAGGGGCUGCGCUGAGGUGUGUUUUGGCCGCGCAGCAUUAUGGCCCAUGAAAGUCUGGCCACAGAUAUCAGCACGCUGCACCCGAUGGUCUCACCGGGGCUGUACUGCAGCCCCCUCUGUUUCAGCCUGGGAUCAUUUUUCUUGGCUGUGGAUCCUUGUCUUUUCUUUUGCAAGUGAGAGAUCCCUGAGUAAAAAAAGAAGCUACAGAUUCCUCAGCCUUCCAGUCCUGUGGCUGUUGUGCUCCAAACUGAGGACAUUGUUGCCUUCCAGGCCCUUGCUGUGGGAGCUUUCACCAGGAUAUCCAGGUACCA